GCAAAGAAGUGCACAGCUUGGAAAUACUGAAAUCAACAGCCUCCAGUCCUGAAAUGUUUCGGCCACUCUGGGGCUGUUCCCUUGCAAUACUCGGGGCAUUUAUAUUCCAUGUCGGAGAGGUGCAGGGCCAGUGCUGGGAGAGCAGCCGAUGUGCAGACCUCAGCAGUGAAGAUGGAGUUCUGGAAUGCAUCAAGGCAUGUAAAAUGGACCUCUCCGCCGAGUCCCCUGUGUUUCCGGGAAAUGGACAUUUGCAGCCUCUGUCGGAAAGUAUAAGAAAAUAUGUGAUGACCCAUUUCCGGUGGAAUAAAUUCGGCAGAAGGAACAGCACAGGGAACGAUGGGAGCAGCUCGGGCUACAAACGCGAAGAUAUUUCUAAUUACCCUGUAUUUAAUCUGUUUCCCGUGAGUGACAACAUGGAACAGAACGCUCAAGGCGACAACAUGGAAGGGGAACCCUUGGACAGGCAGGAGAAUAAGAGAGCCUACUCUAUGGAGCACUUCCGAUGGGGGAAACCCGUUGGGAGAAAGAGGAGGCCCAUUAAGGUGUACCCCAACGGAGUGGAAGAAGAGUCCGCUGAGAACUACCCCAUGGAGCUAAGAAGAGAAUUAUCCCUAGAACUCGACUAUCCGGAUAUCGACCUUGAUGAGGACAUUGAAGACAACGAAGUGGAAAGCGCUCUAACGAAAAAGAAUGGAAACUACAGGAUGCAUCACUUCCGAUGGGGCAGCCCACCCAAAGAUAAGAGAUAUGGGGGAUUUAUGACUCCUGAGCGGAGCCAGACACCUCUAAUGACUCUUUUCAAAAAUGCCAUCAUCAAAAACACCCACAAAAAGGGUCAGUAGGGUUCCUACGAGCACACGUUCCACCCAGAGCUCCAUACAGAUUCACCAGCGUGUUUAUCAAUAGAUACAGUUCCAUUCAUCCAAUGAUCAAUGCCUACCAAUUGCCUUUGUAGUAGGGUAUUUAUCUCACUUUUUCACUUGAUGUUUUAUCUUCUGUUUCUCUUAGUUUGGAAUGUACAAUACCAGGAAACUCUCUGAUAAAUGCUGAUAUUGUAACGCUGUACAUAUAGAAAGAAAUAAAUGGUUCUAUGAGUGCAAAGAUUUUUUUUCAGUUUGCUAAAUUAUUUUCAUAUCUGAUAAAAAAAGAAAUGUACAAAAUUGUAAAUGAAUGGAAAAAUAAAACUUUCAGAUCUUAA